CAUCCUCUACCUUUGUUGUGGCUCAUUGUUAUUUGUUUUAGUUCGUCUGACAAGUCCAUGGUCCAAGAUAUGCUCCUGGAAUCGCAUGGGGUGAAUCCCAUCCUCAUCGCUAGGGAUGCACUUCAUGAAUAUGAUACCGAGGUCAGAGUGCACCCAUGUGACUGGAAGGACUGCAGGAUGCACAUUCCUGUGGAGCUCAAGCAGGUUUCUAAACAUCUUAAGCAACAUCACGGUAUCAAUACCAGCGCCACCAGCGAGGACACGGAAAAAAUUGCAUGUCUUUGGAGUGGUUGUCUUGAUACUCAUACGAAACCAGGGAAUAUCUCCCGUCAUGUCCUGACGCGCCAUCUUGGAGUACGCUGGAUGUGCGACAAUUGUGGGUCCUCACUCUCGCGUGAGGACGCCUUUCGACGACAUUCGCUCGAAAGACCAAACUGUCAGUCUGCAAACGUCGUUGUUAACUACGGAGAUGGGUCACGAGUGAUUGACCUAGUGUACAUUGACGGUGGUUGGUCGGCUACCCAGAACGUCAUGUUGAUAUAGUCCUCAGUGUUAUCUUACAGUGACAUCCCUACUAUUGUUUUGUAUUCCAACCUCAUAUGCAUCUCCCUGUAGCUCCUGUUCGUCAUUAGUAACAUCCUACCGUAUACUCCUACUUAGUUGAUCUACACUAUUUGUACU